AUGGAUAACAAAAAUGGCAGUAACGCAACAAACAACCUUGGCAAGGAAGAUGUGAACAGAAGCGACUACAGAGGAGCAUUAGUUCUCUUUGGAUUGCUUUCAAUAUCUGCCAUUGCUGCUAACAGCCUGAUCCUGGUGCUGAUCUGGAAAAAAAGACAUCUCCGCACCACUUCCAACACAAUUCUUGCCAGUCUCGCAGUAAGUGACCUUCUCACUGGCGUGGUGGCAGUGCCAAUGGUGAUUGCGUGCACAGAGACGUUAAUACAGGAUGUCUGCAUCGCCAUGGACAUCUCAAAUCGUUUCCUGGCCUUCUCAUCCGUGACCCACCUUAUUAUUUUAUCCGUCGACCGUUAUAUUAGAAUAAUCAAGAUCUUACAAUAUCCGUCCAUCGUCACUAAAGUAAGACUCGCUUGGACGUUGGCAUUCACGUGGGUGUUCUCACUACUGGCUUCAUUGGUGCAGCUAACUUGGGUUCUACACGCCACAACGGAUGAUGACACAAUGAUCCGCUUUGACCUCGGAUACGACUUCUUUCACAUGAUUGCCCUCGUUAUGGUGCCCCUCUUCUUGAUGAUAAGUAUCUAUACGAAACUUUUCAUCCAUCUUCGCUGGCAAUGCAAGGAGAUCCACAGCGAUUUGUCUGGACACACGGUGUCACGGUUUAAUGCAAGGAGACGAAAAGUGAAUGAAAAAAAAACUGCUUUCUUGUUCAUUGCAAUGAUCGCAGUCUUCAUAUUUGGCCUGUUUUUGUAUUUUUUAUGGGCGAUUAUAGACGAUUUGGAAGUAAUAGGGCUUCUUAACAUAGAGCGAAGCGCACAGAACAUAAUUGUCCCUGUCAUCAUUUUCCUUCGCUUUUUGAGCGCGCUGUGUAAUCCCCUUCUGUGUACAUUCAUGAAGCAAGACUUUUUAGACGCUUUGAAAUCCUUUCUGAAUGCGUUAAGAAGUUCGAGAAGGGUUUAACGAAGACCCCUUUUGUAGAGCAAUCUACUAAGAACUACACCUAACUGUUUACAUUUUUUAGCAAAAAAAAUGAUCUCUGAUAGACGUACCAAAGGUUUGAGUGUAGGCCAGCGUUUCGUGAUGAUGACCCAUUUUUAGUCGUAAAAUUGUCAAUUUUAUCUAAUGGACGACACAUCCAAAGCGCAGCUUCCAGUUCUCGCAUGAAACAGUUCAGUACAGAAGGCUAUGUUGCAUAGAUAGACAACCCGCUAAACUUCUUAUUUCCAUGGAUACUUGUGUGGAUAGUUCCUUACUACAAUUCAAUUCAACUCGUUUAUUCUCUAUUUCUUUCUUAAUUUUCCGUUCACUUGCUAAUUUCAAUUUUCAAUUAAUAUUUUUCCACGAAACUCAACACAUCUUUCAGAAAGGGUUUUUUGUGCCAUUCGUUGAUAAUCUGUGAGCUCUGAUACAAGAUGCGGGCCUGCAGGCUAAAGCUUUCAAGGUUCAUGUUCUUUUAACGUUAGGAUAUUUUUUUUUCUUCACGGGGUCUUUAGGAAUGACAUUUUAAGUUUCUCCAAAUGUACCUACUUGACAACUUAAUCAGGAUUGCACGAUUUUGCCAUACAAACGUUCUUUAGAAAAGAGUGUCAAUCGUUGCCUAGCGAUGUCAUCAAAAAUAGACAAGGAUUAACACUACAUUUCAAUUGCUUUUUAAAAAGAAGAAAUUUCAAUAAUAUUUACAACCACGAUAUUUCAUUUAAUAGCUCUAGUUUAAAAGUAGUCCAUGGUCAGAAAUAUUGGGAUCAAAACGAUUUUAUUCUUCACUUGAUCCAUAGGAUACUUUUUCCUUCGUGGAUGUUCGACCCAAACGUCGCUAUCAUCUCGUUGGACAUGUGAAGAGGUCCCACAUGCCUAAUGAUGCUCUCAUUUGAAGGAUAUUUGAUACAAUGUGGAACACUUAACUCCCCCUUGAGGUCUCGGUGCGUUUGAUAGUGUUUAACUUGGCGUACUAGAUCGAAUCUCUUAAGCAAGAAAAACAAUGCGAUUUCCAGUACUUUGGAGAGGAUGACAAUACCAAUGAUAACCAAAAACAUGUAAAACGUGUCCAAGAUAACUCCUCGAAGGGCUGCCAAAUAAGGAGAUAGAGCCUUUUUGUGGACUUCUUUGUAACGAAAACGGUCGAACUUGGUAAAUCUAAAAAAAAAACAAAAACAAAAACAUUGCACGUGAAAAAUUAGCUUGCUCUUCCAAUAGUAUCUGUCGUCUUAACAUCGUUUUAAUUUCUGCAUCACUCAUACUUAUUUCGUACA